CUGAAGUUGAAAAAUAAUGCUGUUCACCAUGUGGUGCAUCGAAAAUGGUGCAGUAUAAAUUCGUCUGCCGCGAAUGACUGCAUACUGUCACUUUGGAUUAAAGCAUGUCCCCAUCCAACGCUGAAAUGCAAUACAGAAAAAACAGUGAAACAGGCAAGGUGUUUGUGGUAGGAGUUGACAAAACUGGAACUUCUUUCGUGAAAACACUUCUGCAAACUCUGUACCUACAGCCUUGCCUACACUCCAGUGAUUUAUCAGCUGCCAGAACUGGAAUUCUCUCAGAAUGGACUGCUCUGGCAGAAGAAUCAGACAAACUUGCUCGUCAAAAGAAAUUGGGGAGGUUACUUGAAAACUAUAGAUUUGCGGCUGGUUUUCCAGCUGUAGCAUAUUUCGACGACCUAUUAGAAAUGUAUCCAAGCGCAAAGUUCAUUCUCACAAUUCGCGAGGCCGAACCCUGGUUGGCAACAAUAAGGUCAACGAGCCUACCGAGAGCAUAUAAAAAUUCAGACCGGAGACUCAUCGACUCCACAUUAUAUGUCGUUGGAUUUAAUCGGUUGGAACAACUAAAUAGAAGAAUGUUCAAACGACUUUUUGGACCUAACGUGGACCUGCAAGACGACAACCAGGUGAUACAGGCCUACAUUCGCUGGAAUGACUAUGUAAGGAGUGUGGUCCCGAAAGAUCAACUGUUGGUUUACAAAGUCAAAGACCGUUGGGAGCCAUUGUGUAAAUUCUUAGGAGUUCCGGUUCCAGACAAACCCUUCCCAAAUACACGAAGAAGUAUGACUUUGACAAGGAUACCUAAAUCCCAAAUUGACAGGUUACAGCAUUUCAUCAUUUGCCUUGCUGUCUAUAUUAUGAUUGGAAUAUCUGUAAUUCGACUGCUCUCUUAACUUCUCAACCUAUGUACCGGAACCUGAACUAUGAAUGUGAUUAGUAAUUGGGUCGUGCCGAGAACAAAGUAAAACGGGCUUGAAAUUCGUGAACUCGAACUUGAACCUAUCAAUCAAGCUGCCUCUUGUAUUCGUUUGUGGUUUAUUUAUAUUCAGUUAUUUUAUACAUAUAUAUUACAACUACCAACCUACUUCCUUCUGAAAUAUUACUAGAUUUAUUGCACUUACUGAUUCUUUU